CAUUAGAUCUGAUUUAGAUCGUCUGUCCCGCUUCCAAAUCCAACUGCAUACGCAGGAGGAGGGACGCUAAUUAAAUAAACCUCCAGGAUCCAGUGGGUGGGACCGCUUUGGACUACUUUCUUGGCUUUACAGGACAAGUUAGCUGCACAACGAAAAGCAGCAGCUGCAGGUGCUCCUUGUUGAUGGCGAUAAGAAGACUGCCUUAAUUUGAACGCGACUACAUUCAUAAAACAUACAUAGGAGUCGAAUGUAGAUUUCUAACUCAAUUUAGGAAACAUGUUGGGAGUUUUUUAACGGAUUCUGUGAUCUGAAGUAAGUUUUGUCUCCAGGAAAGCGAGGGGAGAGCAGCGACCUGUCCCGAUCCUUUUUAACCACAACAUGGAGAAAGUUAGGAGUCCGGGAGAACCCGUCUCAACCUAACUUUGUAUCGCUUCGAUUUUUUUGGCGAGGAAAGGACGUCGACAGGUAGAUGCUUUCGUCCUAGCUCAGUCGAGGGUAUUUUACUAGAGAAGAGGACGCAAUGGAGACGUCGAUAAAGCCCACCAACGGGACCCACUCCUCCUCCUCCGUGAGGCAGAGCACAGCUAAGGAGCGAGCGGACAGAAUUGAUCCGUAUGGCUUUGAACGCACUGAUGACUUUGAUUAUGAAUCCUACGAGGAGCUCAUGUCCGAGUAUCUUGUCAUCCUAACCCGACGCUCCAUCAAGUGGUCCAGGCUGCUUAAGGGAAAGGGCAAAGUGCAAAAGAAUGUAAAAUUAAAGCGUUACGUACGCAAGGGGAUCCCCAAUGAGCACCGUGCUUUGAUCUGGAUGGCGGCAAGUGGGGCUCAAGACCAGCUGGAGAAGAACCCAGGAUACUACCAGUCCAUGCUGGCGGCCAACCAUGACUCCAAACUGGUAGAGACCAUCAGAACAGACUUGAACAGAACAUUUCCAGACAACGUCAUGUUCCGCAAGUCUUCAGACCAGUGUCUGCAGAAAUCUCUUUACAAUGUGCUGCUGGCCUAUGGCCACCAUAACCCAUCUGUGGGCUACUGCCAGGGGAUGAACUUUGUUGCCGGGUAUCUACUGAUCAUCACUAAAGAUGAAGAGAAAUCUUUCUGGCUGAUGGAUGCUCUCAUUGGACGGAUUUUGCCAGAUUACUACAGUCCAGCCAUGAUGGGGCUGAAGACGGACCAGGAGGUUUUGGGGGAGCUGGUGAAACUUAAAAUUCCCCGAGUUUGGCAGCUGAUGGAGGAGCACAAUGUCAUGUGGACCCUGGUGGUUUCAAGGUGGUUCAUCUGUCUUUACAUAGACAUUUUACCAGUGGAGACCGUUCUCAGGAUCUGGGAUUGCCUUUUCUAUGAAGGCUCAAAAAUCCUGUUCCGCGUGGCCCUUACGCUGAUCCAUCACCACCAGGCUGUGAUCGAACAGGCCCGCUCCCUGCCAGACGUCUGUCAGGCCUUCAAACAGAUCACCCAGGGACCAUUUGUUGGAGAUUGUCACCCUUUCAUGCAGAAAAUCUUCACUGAACCAGGAAGUCUCUCCAUGGCGACCUUGACUAAGCUGCGUGUGGCCUGUCGUGAACGACUUGCUGCUGAGGAAUCCUGACCUGGACUUCUGGGAACAUCUUCCUAUGCAUUCCAGAUAGCAGGACGAGCUCCCAGCUUGGCUCCACCUGCUUUUUGUUUUUAACCGAGUCACUAAACACUGGACCUUUUGUCUUUGAGCAUAAGCUAAAGACAAACGUAAAGCUGUUGCUUUAUGACUGAAUGAUUCAAUUUAACACCAUGAAGUUUGUCUUAAUUUGUUUCCCGUUUUGAGGUAAAUGUGGAAAUAUGCACUUUAUUCCAGGAUGGCUGAAGCUAAAGAAAUGUUUGACCUAGAGCAGGAAAUGUCCGCUGUAUUUCACACCUUUCUCAAAAAAAUGUUAAAUAACACUACUUGUUCUUUG